UUCCCUCGAACAAAAUGAUAUGACGAAUGCAAAGACUGGUUUAAAAUGUUGCAGAAGUUAUCAGAAUCGUAUACUCAGAUAACUUUCGUCGUAUGAAUUAAAUUGUGAAUUUUAAGGAAUAUGUUCGGCUACGAUGAUUCUAUUCCAAUUUUCAUCGUAUUUGUUUUAAAGUUUGUAGGUUUUAUUACAGACGUGAAUUCUUACGUUUUGCCUGAACCAACGUUCGAAGUUCUAAAACCGAAUGGAAUUCGAAUAUCGAUACCAAACGAAGAAGGACUACAGUUUUUUUCAUUUCAUGGAAAUUUAAAUAAAAGAAUUACACCCAAUCAAGUGGGAGAAAUAUCGGGUGACGUAUACAAAGAGAAAAAUGGAAAAUGGUAUUUUGAAAAGCAACAUUUAAAUUUAAAGAAUGGAGAAAUCAUGUAUUACUGGAUUUAUGCACAAAUAAAUGGUACAGCAUACACCAGAAAAGAUCUAACAUGGACAGUUACUUUUCAGACAGACGGAACUCAAAACACAACUACAGUACAGCCCAGAAGUUCCCUUAGUAAAUUGCUGUUAAAUGAAACUUUCGAUUCUUUGAACCAAUUAACUUGGACGCGCAUUAUCAAAAUACCUUUGGGCCCUGAUUACGAAUUUUGUGUGUACCACAAUGAGCAUCAUCAACCUUUAGUACAAAUUGCAAAUGGAAAACUUCGUAUCAAACCAAUGGUUUUAGAAGAUUUAUAUGGCGAAGGUGUAACUGCAUUUGGUAGAAUGCAACUUAGUGGAUGUACCAGUAAUUUUCCGUCGGAAUGUUCACGAAACGCCGCGGCCUUCAACAUUCUGCCGCCCGUUAUAUCUGCCAGAUUUACCACAAAGGAUAGUUUUCAUUUUCGAUACGGUAAAAUUGAAAUAAGAGCAAAAUUUCCAGAAGGUGAUUGGUUAUAUCCAGAAAUAUGGCUGGAACCAAAAUACGACAAUUACGGUGCAGGCUAUUCCAGCGGACGUGUAAUCCUUGGCCUUGCUCGUGGAAAUGAUAAUUUAAUUGAUUCCACCAACAGAACCAUAUUCGACUCGAGAAAAUUAGACUUUGGAUUUAGACUUGGUACAACUACACAUGUUGACGACUAUAUGGUUUCCAAAUUGAAAGAAAACGGUCCAAGGUGGACGAAAGAUUUUCAUGUUUACACAACGAUUUGGAACAGUGAUGGAUUUCAGUUUAUGGUUGAUGAUGAAGAAGUUGGUAAACUGAAUCCUGAAACGAACGGAUGGUUGAAUAAUACUACUUUCGACAAAAUAGCACCUUUCGAUCAAGAGUUUCACAUUACUAUUGGCCUCGGAGUCGGUGGUAUACGCGUUUUUCCUGAUAAUACAAUUAAUUCAGGCAAUGCAAAGCCAUGGAAGAACGUUGGAGCUAAGGCAAUGUUAAAAUUUUGGAAUGCAAAGGACCAGUGGUUACCAACAUGGAGAAGAAGAAAUGGUAGAAUGACAGCUUUCGAAAUUGACUAUAUUCGCGUGUGGUCAUUUUGAAAAAGACAUAUCGAUAUAGGAAUGGCAUAUUUUCGAAAGUUCAUCGUAACAAAUAAAUAUGAAAAAUUGUACAAAAGUAAAACUGAUUAAAAAGUUGCUUACAAUCCACUGCUUAUUCAAAUAUAUUAACGUGUGUCGCAUAGU